AUGGAGGAGGAGAUCCGCAGCCUCAUCGGCAUGGGGACGUGGGAGCUGGUCGAACGCCCACCGGGGGUCAACAUCAUGAAGAACCGGUGGGUGUUGACGACGAAGUACCACAUCGACGACACCGUCGAGCGCGAGAAGGCGAGGCUGGUCGUGAAGGGCUUCACGCAGGUGUAUGGCGCCGACUACGACGAGACGUACGCGCCGGUGAGCAGCUACGUCACGCUGCGGAUUUUCCUCAGCAUCGUUGCCGUCCUCGACCUCAACCUGAUGCAGCUCGACAUGAAGAAUGCCUUCCUGCAGAGCAAGCUCGACCGCGUGCUGUACAUGUACCAGCCAGACUACUUCAAUGACGGGACCAGCCGGGUGUGCAAGCUGCUGAAGAGCCUGUACGGGCUAAAGCAGUCGCCGCUGCUGUGGUACAAGGCUCUCAACGACGUGCUGGUCGGCGCUGGAUGGAAGAAGAGCCAGGUCGACGAGGCUCUCUACUUCAAGGUCGGCGUCGACAAGGUGACCUGUUGGGUGCUGGUCUACGUCGACGACCUGCUCGCCGCCAGCAGCAGUACCGCGCCGCUGAAGGAGCUGAAGGAGCUACUGGAGGCCGCCUUCGAGCUGCGCGAGAUCUCGCCGGUGCAAAAGUACCUCGGGCUGGAGAUCGUGCGCGAUAGGUCGGUGAGGAAGCUAUGGCUGCACCAGCAGGGCUACGCCGACAAGCUGCGUAGGCGCUUCCUCGACCAGGAGCAGACCGGGCGCACCCCCAAGACGCCCGUUUCGGUCAACGCCUACGCCGAGCUCACCUUCGACGACGAGGAGGCGCAGGAGCGCCAGGAGGAGGAGUACCGGCAGAAGGUCGGCUCGCUGCAGUUCGCGGCGACGACGACGAGGCCGGAUAUCGCCUUCGCCUGCAGCAAGCUGGGGAGCGGACUCACGGUGAGGAGCGACCAGCACUGGCGCGAGGUCGACCGCUGCCUUGCCUAUCUCGCCAACACGCGUGACACCGCCUUGGAGUUCGGCGGUGGACCUGAGUCGUUGGAGCUAGUCGGCUACGUGGACGCCGACGACGCCGGCGACAAGCAGAACCGGACGAGCACAGGUGGCUACGUGUUCGUCUACGGAGGGGCCGCGGUCUCCUGGUCGAGCCAGCGCAUCAAGUGCGCGACGCUGUCAUCGACCGAGUCGGAGUACGUGGCGGCCGUUGAAGCCAGCAAGGAGGGACGCCGACUUCGCUUCCUCUUGGCAGAGUUCCGGCAGCUGGAUGCUGGGAAGCCGACUGUCCUCCGGGUGGACAACAAGUCGGCCAUCACAGUUGCCGAGGGCAUGGGGUUGACGAGCAACCUCAAGCACAUGGAGCGGCGACAGGCCUGGCUGCAGCACAUGGUGAAGCGGGGGAAGUUUUCGCUGCAGUACAUCCCGACUGCUGAGCAGCCGGCCGACUUCUUUUCGAAGGCGCUGCACUAUCCGGCCUUCAACCGGUGCUCCGUUGCAAUCGGCCAAGUGCGCCUGGCCGACGUCGGCGAUGACGACGUGCAGCAGUAG